CCAGGUAUAAUAAUAAAUUCUCCACGUAAUUAACUAAUGAAUGUUUAAUUCCGUAAAUUACUUGAAAUUUGUGAUUCUAAGGUAUAACAAUAUGGCUCAGAGGUUCCUUUCACCUUUUCAUGGUGGAAUCGCACUUAAUCACUCAGGAAAUAGGCAUCACAUCAAGAAUUUACACUUAGAGUUCAUUCCAAAUACAUGUUCCAUCAAAAAUGGUUUACGAGAUGAGAUAAAUCGCUAUUUCAAGGACCAUAAGGUCAAUAGUACUUUAUCUUUGGAGGAACGCUCUGCAAUAUGUGAAGGUAUAGCCGAAGAGUGUAUACAGAAGGAAGAAAUAAAGCCAUUGUUGCUAAGGGAAGAUUAUAUUCCACUCUCUUAUGACGGAUUUGAGCCAUCUGGAAGGAUGCACAUAGCUCAAGGACUUGGCAAAGUCGAUACUAUAAACUCCCUGAAUAAGGCUGGAAUUAAAAGUGUGAUGUGGAUAGCCGAUUGGUGUGCAAUGAUGAAUAAUAAGUUUGGUGGAGAUUUGGCAAAGAUUCGAAUUGUUGGAGAAUACUUUAUCCAUAUAUGGAAAGCUGCUGGAUUAAAUACUAACGCUGUCAAGUUUUUGUGGUCUAGUGAUGAAAUUAACAAGAAUCCAGACCUGUACUGGAGAUUGGUUAUGGACAUUAGCAAAACAUUUAAUAUAUCCAGAAUGAAGAGGUGUUCACAAGCCUUGGGAAGAACAGAAGGAGAUGAUCAGCCAGCUGCGCAACUUUUAUAUCCUGCAACCCAGUGUGCUGAUAUCUUUUACAUUGGUACUGAUUUUUGCCAAUUAGGCAUGGAUCAGAGGAAAAUAAACAUGCUGGCCAGGGAAUAUUGCGAAAUUAAAAAGAUUCCAACAAAACCUAUAAUUCUUUCACAUAAAAUGCUGCCAGGUCUCCUGGAAGGCCAAGAGAAAAUGUCAAAGAGCAAUCCGGAUUCUGCAAUAUUUAUGGAUGACACUGCUGAGGCUGUGGCUUCAAAGAUUAAAAGGGCUUUUUGUCCACCCGGUAAAGUGGAAGGAAACCCAUGUGUUGCGUAUUUUACCGAAUUGGUAUUUAAGCGUUAUCCAUCUGUUGUUAUAGAAAGAAAGGAGAGAGAUGGAGGAAACAUCACCUUCAAUUCCCCUGAGGAACUGGUAUCUGCUUAUAGUAGUGAAUCUCUACACCCGGGUGACCUUAAAAACGGUCUUACAAAGUAUUUGAACUUGAUGUUGCAACCCAUCAGAGAUUACUUCCAGGCAAUUCCUGAGGCCAGAGAAUUAGCAUCAAAAGUUGCAGGAUUCCAAGCAGCAAAAAAAUAA